CUGUCUUUCUCAUUAUUAUUACUAAAAAAGUUUUUCUUAGGAGAUCAUGAAGAAUUCAAGCGAGCUGUGCAUCUUGUCAUCAAUACUGUGUCAUUUGAAAAGAAUACAACCGUGCAAGUUUUUGAGGCAACCAUAAGGGUUAUCGGGUCGUUACUGUCUGCUCACUUAAUAGCAUCGGAUAAAUCCCGCAUGCUUGGAGAUUUUUACAUGCCUGAUUAUGACGGUGAACUGUUAACGUUGGCUCAUGAUCUAGCUGCACGUCUUCUUCCUGCUUUUGAAGGAACCAGGACUGGCAUCCCUUAUCCUAGGGUGAAUUUGAUUCGCGGUGUUCUUCCUGAUACUGUGGAAGAGACGUGUACGGCUGGUGCUGGAUCUCUUCUAGUAGAAUUUGGAAUUUUAUCGCGUCUACUGGGCGACCAGACUUUCGAACGCACCGCUAGGCGAAUUAAUGAAAGACUCUGGCAACUCCGCGAUAAAAACACUGGUUUACCAGGUACUCCCUAUUUUCGUCCAUACUUGUUUAUGUGUGGGUGA